AGUCAGCUGGGCAGCUAUUAAAAGACCUCAAAUCCCAAAGUAUUGCUAAGGAAGGCUGGCCAGUUGUCAUGUUGGAGGAGCUCUGCUGAAGCGUGCAGCCUCAGCUCCUCAGGAGGGGAAUUAAACCUAACCACCUGCAGAGGGCUGAGAAACAGACAUCCUUCCAGAGAUGGACCCUACAUGGACCACCACCAUCCUUGUGGUUCCCUGUGUGGUGGUGCUAACAGCUGGAUUUUUUUACCUCUAUGGUGCAAUUAUCGGUCUGCUGUCUAAAACAUCAGUACGCAAUAAGGUGGUGGUUAUAACUGAUGCUUUAUCAGGGCUUGGAAAAGAGUGUGCAGGUGUUUUUCACAAUGGAGGAGCCAGGCUGAUCCUCUGUGGGAAAAGCUGGGAGAAGCUUGAAGAACUUGAAGACGAACUGGCGAAUGCUUCUGAUCCUACACUUACAUUCCCUCCGAAGAUUGUGCUGCUGGACUUUGGAGACAUGAACAGCAUGACAGAAGCCAUCGCGGAGAUCCUGGAUUGUUAUGGUUGCUUGGACUAUCUCAUCUUCAACAGUAGCAUGAAGGUCAAAGCUCCUGCACAGAGUCUGUCUCUGGAGAUGGACAAGCUUCUGAUGGACAACAACUACUUUGGGCCCAUCACUUUGGCCAAAGGUGUGAUCCCUUCCAUGAUCUCUAGGAGAAGUGGUCAUCUGCUCCUGGUUAACAGCAUUCAAGGGAAAAUCGCUGUGCCUUUCCGCACUGCAUACGCAGCUUCCAAACAUGCCAUUCAGGCUUUCUUUGACUGCCUGAGAGCAGAGGUGGAAGAGUUCGGCAUCUCUGUCAGCACCAUCAACCACACCUUCAUCAGCUGCUCUGCGUCCAAAACAACACAGGCUGCAACCUCGAACUCCCUGCUUUGGUCCCUGUUUUACACCAGGAAGCCACGUGGUGUUUCUCCACAUGAAGCCACCGCUGAGAUUGUAAGAACCCUGAACAACAGAAGGAAAGAAGUACUGAUUGCUCCCUCUCUUCCCAAGAUGGCCAUUUAUGCCCGAUCCUUCUUCCCCAACAUGUUCUUCGCUGUGAUGGCUGCAGGAGUGAAAAACUCUGCUGCUUCUGACAGCAUGUAAAGAUCCUGCAUCCUUCUAUGAUAUCAUGACAGUUGUUGCACAACAUUUUAUGAUUGAAAAUGACAUGCAACCAUUUAGGCUAAAGUAAAACUCUAUGAAACAACUUGUUAUAACCUGUUAAGGUUUGUCAACUAUUAGGAGCCCCAAAGAUGCAAAAUGACAAUCUGUCAUCAUAAUUGCUCUUUUCUUCUGUUGUUUGUUUGAUUAUUUGUCUCAUUUAGGGU